UUGUACUAAGUCACAUCAGAGAUAUACUGAACUAAACGGUAAGCAACAGAAAAGUGUCCACACACUUUGUAUCGGUUGUGUUUGAUAAUUUAGAGAUGCUACCGAGGAGCUAGUUAGCGUUAGCACAACCGGUUAGCCUCACGGUAACACGUGUUCUGAUAUGUAGACGGUUUCCUCAUACAUUAUAUGUAAGGAACAAAUCCAACAACCAGUCAGGUCAUUUUAUAUCUGCCACAAUGCACGAUUUGAAUAGAACAUUGUGGUAAAGCAGCAACAUUAGCCACCGCUGUUAGCAUUGGCUAACUGUGCUAGCAGUGCCGUGAGUGCUCGCUGGGUGGCGCUGUUCAGCUGCAGUUUCCGUCAGGUUAGGGUUGUAGUAUGGACUUUACGAAGGAAAACGAAGAUGACAAUGGUGGUGAAGAAGCCGGUGGCGAAGAUGAGCGUUUUUUUAUUGAGGGCUCCAGCUUUUCAGAAAGUGAAGAAAGACACAGGGGAGGCUCUCCUCCGCUCCUCCUGGCCUUCUCCAUCACCCCUGGACAGCUGCUGCAGGACACCAGCCCCGACUUACAGGAGGAGGAUGGGGGCGAUAGUGACCAGUACAUCGAUGACUGGAUGAUCCUGGAAGGAGAAGAGCAGGAGGGGGACUCAAGCAUUCAGCUUAAUCUGAGCUACAGGAACAGCAUCUCUGACGAUGACUCUGGAGAUGAAGAUCAGAAUAUGAAAUCAGUUAAAGAUACCUGGGCUGUAUCAGAGAAGGACAAGAGUUUUGUGGGUCAGUCUCUGCUCAGCCGCUACUUUGUGCGUGGUCGUCCUCUGAUGUGUCACAUCUGCAACAGGGCAGGACACCUCGCCAAAAGCUGCUACAUCCACAAGAAAUGUCCCACCUGUAUCCUUUGUGGGAUCCAGGGCCACAUCCAGAGGGACUGCCCACGCCGACCCUGCCCCAUCUGUGGACUGCCCUCACAUGGACUCAGACCCUGUGAAAAUCCCCCAACUUGGAACCAACACUGUGAGCGCUGCGGGAUGACAGGACACCUCUCUGAUGCCUGCCCCGAUAUAUGGAGACAGUACCACAUGACAAUCCGGUUGGAGAUUCCCCCCAGCCCUCAGAAAGUCCACUCCCUCAAACAUAAGAGAUGCCCUGCUCACUGUUACAACUGCUCUAAGAUGGGACAUUAUGGCUAUGAGUGCACUAAAAGGAGGAUGAUCAGUGGGACAUCUCCCUCCCUGCCGUAUGUUUGCCACUACGACACCAUGGAGGACAUCCUCCAACGUCGCACCAGGAUGCAGAGGGGAUCCAAAGAGGUUGCGAUUGCUGGAUCCCUGUUGCUCUCAGAGCAGCAGCAGUCCGAACCAACAGGGGAGAGUAGCGAGGAGAAUCAGCCAGCACAGUGGAAGAGCAAGAGGAACCAGGAGGCACGGAGCCGGGUCAGCAGAAGGAAGACUUGGCCAGAAAGGCGCAGAGAGAGACAGGAGGUGAAGAGGCUGAGGAGGGAGGCUCAGGCCAGACGUGAAGGAGGACUACUGCUGAGGUCCCGGGGUCACUCUGAUGAUGAAGAUCCCCUCAGGUCGGCCAUUUACGGUCAUGGACAGUCCACACCCCCUCCACAGAAGAAAAUGAGGAGGGAUGAGGCAGGUGGCAGAAGGAGCAGGAAGAGCAGAGAAGCAGAGAGGUGGAAGAAAAGAGGGGGGAUGAAACGUGGAGAUUUAUAUACGUAUGUUGACCUUGACAGCGGAAGUAAAAACCUUCUUUCCCCAAAGCAGAGGGUACGCCACCGAAGAAGAUAAAGUCAUUUCUUUUUUUUUAGGUGUGACUAAUUUGAGUAAUUUGUUUAUUUAAUGUCAAUACAGAUACCUGUAGAAUAGGAGGAUAUACAGUUGAAGGAUGCUCAUUUUUUGUGUAACUGUAUGAAUGUACUUUAGAGCUUUAACCUUGAGCUAGAAGUACAUCUACUAAUAUUAAACUGGCUGGGCCAAAUUUUACACAUGUACAGUUUUCAGCAUAUUUUGGAAUAUGUUUUUACACACUGUGCCUGUAUUAUUUGACUCAUGUAUCAUUUGUUGUGGGACCAGUUUGUUAUGUCCUAAAUUACAUUGAUGUUUUUACAGUAAU